ACGUGGGCUCUAUCAUGAAGGGCGGCGCUGUGGCCCUCGACAGCCGCAUAGAGCCCGGAGAUAUGAUACUACAGGUGAAUGACGUGAACUUCGAGGACAUGUCCAACGACGACGCCGUACGGGUGCUCCGCGAGGCCGUUCAAAAGCCCGGCGCAAUCAAACUGGUGGUGGCCAAGUGCUGGGACCCCAACCCCAAGGGCUACUUCACAAUACCCCGUACCGAACCCGUCAGACCGAUAGAUCCGGGCGCGUGGGUCGCCCAUACGGAGGCCGCGCGGGCCAAUCAAUUCAGUGAACAAGACUAUCCGCUGAGACCGCCCUCUGUCUCGACACUGACCUCCACCUCGUCGUCGAUCACGACAUCCAUACCGGAAACGGAGCGCCAAUUGAUAAUGGAUUCGGCGCACCUGUCGGUGGACAUGGAUAUGAUGACAAUCGCCAAAUCGAUGGCUAAUCUGGACUCAGGCCUGGAAGUGAAGGACCGAAUGUGGCUUAAGAUAUUGAUACCGAACGCGUUCAUCGGUUCGGAAACAGUGGACUGGUUGUACCGUAACGUACAGGGCUUUCAGGACCGACGGGAGGCCCGCAAAUACGCCAAUCAAAUGCUAAAACAGGGACUCAUUAAGCAUACGGUGAACAAGAGCUCCUUCUCCGAGCAGUGCUACUAUGUGUUCAACGACUCGCUUCUGGAGCGAGACUUCGCCGCACUGAAGGUGAACGACGACGAUCUGCCGCCGUCUUACAUGUCGGCCGGCGCUCUCAUACCUCAAUACACGGGCAACUAUGCGCCCGCAUUCAUGCACCCCUGGGGCUCAGGCGGUGAGAUACACAACUACGGCAUGUUUGGCGCCCAACCCUUCAACGGUAUGGACGGCAGUAUUCACAGCAAUUCAGUGUCGAGUGGGAACGGCAUCGACGGUAAUGGCAUUCACGUCCGGCGCAACGACGUGGCGCUGAUCGGCGAGCGCCAGAGCGCGAGUCCCGGCGCCAGCAGCGACUUCGACGACAUGAGCCAACGCAGCGGACCGAUACUGAUCUCUUCGCUUCGGGAACAGAAACAAAUGCAAACGUUUUGCAAUCCAUUACAACAGCACCCGACCAGUCGUCAGCUGAUGAUGAACGGCGAACUCAUGCACAACAACGGCCAUAACUCGCACCCACUUAUGGGUGUAAUGGGUGUGGGAGUUGGCAGUGGCGGUCCCGGCGACGACCGGCCCAGCGAUCAGUCGUGCGUCGACUCACAGCACUCGGGCACCACCUCAACCACCACUAGGGAUACGGAAAAGCAAAUGGACGGCCAGGGAUCUGAUAUCAAUGGUAGUCGACAGUCAUUUCGUAUGGCAAUGGGAAAUCCAUGUGAAUUCUUUGUCGAUGUCAUGUAA